AUGAAAAGUGUAGCGGAAGAAGAAACCAUCAAAGAGCAGCCGGAUGAAAUUGAAGAACAACCGUUUAACCAAUUCAUGCGGUUCAAAAUGUUCAUCCAAAGGCUGGGUAAAGAGUUGCUGUUUUUAUUUGUUGUUUCAUGCACCACUUACGCGACUUUAAUCAAUAUGUAAGCCAUAUUAGUAAAAUUGUACUUGUACUAGUGCAAUUAGAAGUUGAAAUAUCUUUCUAUAUUUUAUGUAUAUUUUGUAUUACAUUAAUUUUAGACAAAAUGAUUAUGAUGCUGAGGCCCCCAAACCAAAACCAUUUUUUGAUGGGAAUUCAUGUGUCAAUGAUUUCUACACGGGUGAUUUAACAUCUAUUUUAUCAAAUGUAAACCUGGCUGAUCUAGCUGUUGUAAUGUUUUACGCUCCGUGGGAUGCAGAUUCUAUUGAUGCAAAAUUAGCCUUUAUCGAAUCAUGUGAAAUCAAUAAAGAUGAAGUAAUUGUUUUAAAUAUUUUUAUUAGAUACCUAUAGCAACCAGAUUAUACAUUUUAGGUAUAUUUUGCUGCUGUAAAUUGUUGGCAACCAGAUAGCGGAUGCAGUAAAAUACUCAAAGGCAAUAAGAUUUACCCAAUGAUAGUAGCUUAUGAUUACUCCAAAGCAGGAGUUUACUAUACAGGGCCUACAAAUGAUGCAGCAUACAUAACUCGUUUCAUUGACACUAUGAAACAUCCAGUAACAUUAUUGAAUAGCAAACGAGAUUUAUUAAAAAUCCAUCAAAAGUAUCAUGUAAAUACUAAUUAUCAAUUAUAAUAUUGUGUAUAAUAUAAUUACGCAAGUAUUAUGUUAUAUUUUCAGGCCGUUUUGGUGGCAUCUGUUAAUUUUAAAAUUACCCGAGGCUGGGACCUAUAUAAGAUUGUUCUAGAUGUAGCAAUUAAUCAUUUAAGAACAGACCCAUUGCAAAUGUAUGUUAAAUGGUGUGUUGCAACAUGGCCAUUGAGUAGUAAAGAACCAUUAAUUAAGUUACUUUUGUGGAACCGAACAUUGGUAAAUAACAUUUAUAAAAAAAAAAGUUCUAUACUAGUUUAAAAGUUACUAAAUAUUUUAUUUAUUGAUAUUAUUAAGGCAUUUAAUGAAUCAUUUGUUAAUCAUGAGAAACUUGGAAAAUGGGUGAUACAAGAAAGUAAAUUUAUAGCACAGUGGGUACCUCCUGUUGCCCAUGUUCGAUCUUCUUUUCUAGAUAAUACUUUUAAAACCGGACCAACUAUGCUAUUGUUUACACCACACAAUCCAUACUUGGAUUUUAACCCAGUUUACUCAAUGGUAAUUCAUAUAAUUAUUUUUUACAUCAUUAAUAGUAAAUAUUAUAAUAUCAUAUAAAUGUUUCAGCUACAAUUGUUAAGCAUUGAAUACUUCAAAUGUCAGAAAGAUUCUAUACCAGCAAACUAUAUAUCAAAAUAUUUAAGAAAAGAAAUUAAUUGUAUGUAAAUAAUUCAAUUACUUUAACUGUUUAGAGUGUUCCACACUAAUUAAGUUUUAAAGUGAUAAAUUGAUUAUAUUAGUUUAGAAAUUGGAUUAGUAAUGCUCCACUAACACACAUUUUAAAAUUGUACAUUUUUUCUGGGACACUGUACUGUAAAUACAUUGUAUAUUUUAACAUUUACUAUUUAUAUUUCAGCCUUUUAUAAUGAACGUCCAAAAUAUGUAAAAAAAUGUUAUGAGAUCAUAAUGAAUAAAUAUCCAGAUAAAAAGGCCAAUAUUCUUAAAAAACAAAAUUCUACAAUAAAAGGAGGAAACCAAGAUAAUGUUGACAAAAGCAUGGAAAUUAACUAUUUAAAUGCAGCUCUGUGUAAAAUGUCAAAUAGUAUAUUUUCUGAAAACAAAUUUAGUUAUUGUUCAAAUGAAAAUGCUGAUAAGUCUAGUAAGAAAAAGUAAGAUAUUGUAUUUGAUAAUAAAAACCGCUUUUAUAUAUUUGUAUUUGAUUAGUACUAAAACAAGCUUAUCAAAUCAUGUAAGUACAGACAAAUUUAUUGAACACUGGAAAGACACUGGAUGUUACAGAGCUGUACUUGCUGACAAAUAUUUUAGGCAAGUCAAUUUUUGAUAUGAAUUUAAUUUAUGUUACUUUUAUUUUGUAUGACUGUAGUAUGUGCAUUGUAUUGGUAUAAAAUAGUUUAAAAAUUAUAUGUAAGCAAACUUCUUCUAAGAAGCAUUACUUCUUUACAUGUUGCUAAUUGUUGAUAUAUUUAUUUUAAGGUUUUCUAAACCAGAUUCGGAUUUUAUAUAUGACACUGUUGAUACAUUAAAAUCAAUAUGUUUAGCAAAUAAAAGUAUGACAUUUUUAGCUUUGGAUUCAACUCGUCAUUAUCAUAUUGCUAAAGUUUUUGGUAUCAACUUAAACCACUAUCGAGAUAAAACAGCAGUACUAAUUUAUGAUAUGAAGGUAAAAUUUAGAAAAUAAUUAAAAAAACUACAAUGUUUUCCAGUAAUUUAUAACAAUUGUAUGUAUAAUUAUUAAUUUGUAUCUAUUUUUAAAAUUUGAACGUAUCUGAUAAAACUUAGCUGUUCGGUAUAAGUAAGCAUAUAUUUCUACUCAUUUUAAAUAAUAUAAGGCAUGUGUAUACAAUCAAAUUCAAAAUAUUUCUAAUUUAAUAUUAUGCUUUAUACUUUUUAUUGUUAUAAAAAAAAAAAAUGAUGGUAUUACACUUUUAAAAUAUAAUGAAGUAAAAUAAAAAUAAAUGUCAUCAUAAUCAAUAAACAAUAAAAUAGAAAAAUAAUAUUUAUAAUUAAAAUACGUGUAGUAGAUUAGAGUAAUUAUUACAUACAAUGUGAAACCUAUUUUAUAUUUGAAAUGUUAGCCAAUGUUUAAAUUUGUGGUUAAAAAUAUUUAGUUAUAGUUUUCAAUUAUGUAUUAUUGUGUUUUACGGGUAAUCAUUUUUUUUUUUAAACCAUAUUUAUUAUGUUAUUUUGUUUUUUUUUUUUCAGUCUGAAAUGGUUCAUGCAUUACCUAAAUCUAGUCAUGUUACCAAAGAUACAAUGGCAAAAUUACUUAUAGACUUUUUAGAAAAUCGAGCUAAAAGACACUUAAGAUCAUCAGCUGACCAUGAUAUAAAUUUCCAUUUAUACAGAGGAAAUGAAAAUGGCAAAGAAACAGUAACCAUUGAAACAUUGAACACUGAAAACUUUGAAGAUACUGUUUUUAAUAAUAAUGAAGUAAUAUUUACUUACUUGAAUAAUAAAAUUUGGGUAAUAUAAAGAUGGUAAUACAAAUCUGCCACCACACGCCCUAUAAUAUUGGUAUACCUAAACACUAUUCUUAUAUUUUAAUUGAAAAAAGUGGUCCCUAAUGUAGUGUUUGAUUGUUUUUGAAAGUACAAAUACAGUGGAAUCUUAAUAAGUUAAAAUUUGAGAGAAAUUAAAUUUUUUUCGAAUUAUCAAGAUUUUAGAAAAAAAAUUUGACUUGAGUUUAUAAAAUGUAUGUACAUAUUACAGUCAAAUUAAUAUUAUUAAUUAAUUAUUUAUUAUCAAAUGAAAAAUAUGAUAAUAAUCACAAUAAAUGUGAUUAGGUUUAAUUCUAGAAUGUACUGGCCAAUUGGGCAAAUGAUUUUACAAAUUAUCCGUCUAUAUUUGGAACACAGAAUGUUUGAGUUAUCUGUAGUUUUUAUUUUUGAGUACUUGAGGUUUUCACAAGAAAACAGCAUUUAUUUCGACUUAUCAAAGGUUCCACUGUAUAUAUCUCAUUUUUUUGUUUUAUUCUAAAAAAAUAUAAAUGUUUACCAAUAUAUUGCCAUUUCAUCCAUUAAACCUAAUAUGAUUUUUUAGCCCUAUCUAAAUCUGAUUUUGAUUAUUCUAUACAAUAUUAACAAUAAUUUAAAAAACUUUAACACCUUUAAUAAUAAAUAUAUGUCUAUUGAUUACAAUUUUAUAUUCAAUAUAAUAAUUUAAGAACCCAGUUUAACUUUUAAUUAUUAAUUUGUUUGCAACCCAAAUUAUAUAUGUCUUCUCUAAAACUAAUCAUUCAUUAAAAUGUAUACUAAUUUUUUAUUUUUUAGAAUGUUAUAGUUUACUUUUACACUCCAUUUUGUGCAUAUUGUCAAGUUGUUGCACACGUACUAUUAAAUGUUGCCCGCUUAAUGCGAAACGUUAAAGAUAUUAAAUUUGUUCGUUUCAACGGUAGGGAUAAUGACUUGAGUUGGCAUUUGACUAUACAAACAUAUCCUACAAUUAUUAUUUUUCCAGCGAAAAAGUAAUUAUAUGCAGUCUGUAAUUUGAGAAUUUGACUCCUUGAAAUAACUUUCGUUCUGUUUAAUAUUUUUAAGUUUUUUUUCUUGUAAAAAUGUCCAGAUGUCUUAAAUUCAUAUUGACUAAUGAAAAAUCACUAAGUUUAUAAAAAUUGUUGAAGUUAACAAAAUUAUUUUUCAUGGAAGAAUUGGUGAAUCAAAUGAUAUUAUUUAUUAGAAAUCAUGAAAUCAAUUAAAACUCCAACAACUUGUGGAAAAUUAACGAUUCAUUAUUACUCAUCAUAAUUUGUAUUUAUUGCACUGAAAAAUUACAUUAUUGGUGUAAAAAAUAUCCAAAAUAGCAAUAAUUUAAAAAAAAAAUAUUAAUACAAGUUUUACCUGGUUAUUUUCUUAUUAACAUUUCGAGAAAAUAAUAACUUCAAAUGGUAUUUUCACCAUUGCUAUUACUAUUGACAAAGCAUGAAAUAACCAUCAAUAGGCAUACAUUGCAUAUUUUAUUUUUAAUAUAUUACUAUUCUGACAUAAUACCUGACACGGACCAUAUCGUUAUUUUAUUUCACCAUAGAAAAAUAAUUUAAUCAUGUGAAUAACAUUUAAAAGUAUCUAAAAUUGCAUUAUAAAUGAAGAAAAUCAACAAAGUUGCAAAAAAUUGCAUUGAAAUUGUUUAGAUUUUAAUUUUUACUUAUAUGAAACAAAUUUAAAAUUUACUUAGCAACAAAUCAAAACAAUAAAGAAAAAAUUGCAAAUGCAACAACUUAUGAGCUCUAGUAAUAAGUAAUAACAAAUUGUUAAAAAAAAAUAAUAUAUUGUAAGUUUUUAAAAAUAAUGAUGUAUUUAUAUUUAUUUAUUUACACCUAAACAACCAAUUUUACAUAAAAAUCAUUUUAACGUUAUAAUUACCACAAAAAAAAAAAAACUUAAAAAUAUUGAACAGAACAAACAUUACUACAGGUAUCAGAUCUGUGUAUACAAAUCAUGUUAUUUAUCAGUUUUUUUUUUAAACUAAAUUGUAUUUAUAGCAUUCUUAAUGAUUUAUAUAGAAAAGCUGAAAGUUAUGUAUUUCCAUAUAAUAUUGAAUUGACUUCCAACAAUUUAUCUCAAUUUAUUCUUUCUAAUCUAUUACUAGAAACUCGGUUGCAAGCUAUGGUUGGUUUAUGUACUAUGUGGGAUUCUUCUGAGGUAAUAUUUUAUUACUUUCAUAAAAUUAUAUUAUUCAUAAACACUUACAUAUUGAUUGUAUCACAGUAACAUUUUUCGUCUUGUUUAUUUAACAGACAAUAAAACAAAAAUGUGAUUUCCUACUUCUAAUGUUCUUCAAGAUCUAGUAGACCUACAACAAAAAUUAUUUAUUUUGUCAAAUUAAAAAAAGAUAUUUACGUUUUCAAAUGAAAUUUUUCUGAUGACUAUAUAUGAUAAACUAUUCAAACUUUGGGGAGAAGGGGAGGAAUUAUCUUUAGUAUUUUUCUUUUUUAUAAUCUUAAAGAAAAUUGUAUAAUGAAUUUAUCAAAAACUUAUUUAUUUAUUUGAUAACAUAGUAAAUAUUAUCAUUUUUAAUUAGGGUGAAAUAAUUUUGUUUUAAAUCCAUUCGGUUUUCGAUUACUAUUGUUAAUACAAAAAUAUAUUUGUGUUACAUUGCUUGUUAGAUAGACAUAGACGGCAAAUGUUACUGUGGUGGCCUCCUAAUAAAAUUAUCUAAUUUACAAUGUCUUCAGGAUUAUAACAAACAACUACAUUACUGCCUACGGGACAUUAAACUUGAUUGUGAUGCCAGCAUAUCAAAAACGCUUCAAUCAUACCGCAGAGGGCUUGUAUACAGAGAACUCAAUAAAAAUAUUACUUUGACACCAAUAUUUAAUAGACUGAAAUAUUUAAAAGCUUUCAGUUUCACUUUAGAUGUAACACAUAAAUUAAAUGCCAAAUCUAUGCAGAAAUUUUCUGAUAUAUAUAGCUCAUAUUUGCUCCAGACUUAA